AGUAAGAGAGAGAAGGUGUAUGUGAGAGAGAGAGUCCGAGAGAGGAAGUGGAAGAGAGAGAGACCUAGGUAGGAGGUGCAGCAGAAGUUGUCUGAUUGUAUCAGUGUGUCCCUCAGCAGCAGUACUCUGAGGCUGAAGCAGAGAAGCAGGUUCUAUCAUCUGUCAGGCAACAGUCUGUAGGUUACGAUAUGGAUCUAGAGGAGUUUGACAACGUGACUCUGAGGUACAACAUCACCAACUGUCCAUCUAUCGAUGAAUUCCGUAACCAGGUGUACUCUACGGUGUACUCUAUCAUCACUGUGUUCGGCCUGGCUGGUAAUGGUUUCGCCCUGCUGGUUCUGGUUAAAACGUUCCGUCAGCGUUCUGCGUUCCACAUCUACAUGUUGAAUCUGGCCGUGUCCGACCUGCUGUGUGUCUCCACGCUGCCGCUACGGGUCCUCUACUACGUUAAUAAGGGUCAUUGGAACCUGGGAGACUUCCUGUGCAGGCUUUCGUCCUAUGCCCUCUACGUGAACCUCUACUGUAGCGUGUUCUUCAUGACUGCCAUGUCCGUCACACGCUUCCUCGCCAUUGUGUUCCCCGUGCAGAACCUGCGCCUGGUCUCAGAGCGCCGCGCCCGUCUGGUGUGUGUCUGUAUCUGGGUGUUCAUCUGCGCUGUCUCCUCCCCCUUCCUCAUGACUGGUCAACACCUCCACCCAGCCACCAAUAAGACCAAGUGCUUCGAGCCUCCAGAGCGCAGAACAGGGGGCGGGCUUAACAAGCUCAUCAUGCUCAACUAUUUAUCAUUGGCUGUGGGCUUCGUCCUUCCCUUCCUGGUCAUCCUGCUGUGCUACGCUGGGAUCAUCCGGGCCCUGCUGUCACGGCAACAUACUGCACAGCGCCAGAAGGGGGCGGGGUCUAAGGCUAUCCGAAUGAUCAUCAUUGUGAUGCUGGCGUUCCUGCUGUGCUUCAUGCCGUACCACAUUCAGCGCUCUGUCCACCUCAGCUUCCUGUCCCAGACUGCCACUUCCUGUUCGGAGCUGGUGUACAUGCAGAAGAGUGUGGUGGUGACACUCUGUCUGGCUGCCUCCAACUCCUGCUUCGACCCCCUGCUCUACUUCUUCUCUGGAGAAGGCUUCAGACGACGCCUGUCAAGCUUCAGGUCCACUAUCAGGACACAGAGACAAUCGCAGAGACAGGGGGCACAGCCACCGCUGGGGAGGGGAACAAAGAGAGAGAGAAAACUGGUCCUACCCAGCACAGCAGAGACAGAGGGCACAGCCACCACUGGGAAGGGGAACAUGCUAUAGGGGGAGAGAGAAAGAGAGUUAAUCUGUCCAGUGUCUGUGUUCUUUUGCCCAUCUUAAUCUUUUAUUUUUAUUGGCCAGUCUGAGAUAUGGCUUUUUCUUUGCAACUCUGCCUAGAAGGCCAGCAUCCCGGAGUCACCUCUUCACUGUUGACAUUGAGACUGGUGUUUUGCGGAUACUAUUUAAUGAAGCUGCCA